CGCCACGGCCUCGCUCCCCGCCCCGGCCUGGGCGAUCGCAGCGCCGGCCGUCCCGGCUCUGCCCUAAUAGAGAGAGGCUGCCGCUUUCCGGCUAGAAGCGAUCGCCCGUAGCUGCGAGCCCGUGCGGUGCCCGGGGCCGCCCUCUGCCCGGGGCCGGCUGCCAGAGGCCGCCGCGGGGCCGCGCACCGGCGCCCCCGCCCCCGGCGUUCGCGGCUCCCCCUCCCGCCCGCAGAUAACCGCGGCCCCUCAGGCUCUUCCCCACCCGCCCCGCGCGGACUCGGCCUCGGCUCCCAGCCGCUCUCCAGGCGCCAGCUCCCUCUCGUCGCCGACGCAGCGCGGGCAAGGAUGGCUCGGCAGCCCCGGGGCUUUCUGCAGGAGGCCUCUCACCAAGUCGUCGCCGGAGGCUCGGCGGGUCUUGUAGAAAUUUGCCUGAUGCAUCCCCUUGAUGUAGUGAAAACAAGGUUCCAAAUUCAAAGAGGGAAAACUGAUCCAACCAGUUACAAGAGCCUGGGGGACUGUUUUAGGACUAUUUUCCAACGAGAAGGAUUACUUGGCUUCUACAAAGGAAUACUUCCUCCCAUCUUGGCUGAGACACCUAAAAGGGCAGUGAAGUUUUUUACCUUUGAACAAUACAAGAAGCUUCUGGGAUAUGCAUCACUGCCACCAGGGCUGGCAUUUGCAGUUGCUGGCUUGGGAUCUGGGUUGACAGAGGCAGUCGUGGUUAACCCGUUUGAAGUAGUGAAGGUUACCUUACAGACCAAUCAGAAUGCUUUCACAGAGCAACCAUCUAGCUUUGUUCAAGCUCAGCAGAUCAUUAAAAGCGGUGGUCUGGGCUCCCAAGGACUCAACAAAGGCCUCACUGCAACACUGGGCCGUCACGGAGUGUUUAACAUGGUUUACUUUGGAUUCUACUUCAAUGUGAAAAACAUUCUUCCAGUCAAUAAAGAUCCAAAUUUGGAGUUUUUGAGGAAAUUUGGAAUUGGGCUAGUCUCAGGAACAAUAGCCUCAAUUAUUAACAUUCCUUUUGAUGUUGCAAAAAGUAGGAUUCAAGGACCACAGCCAGUUCCUGGAGAGAUCAAGUACAGAACCUGUUUUAAAACUAUGGCAACAGUCUAUAAAGAGGAAGGAUUUCUGGCUCUGUACAAAGGCUUGCUUCCCAAGAUCAUGAGGCUCGGUCCAGGUGGUGCAGUGAUGCUUUUGGUUUACGAAUAUGUUUAUGCAUGGCUUCAGGACGCAGUUAAUCACAAGGAGCAUUUCUGAAAAAGCAUACUCUUUAAAAUUGCAUGCAUUCUAAAAUACCCUGUAAUAAAGCAAAAGUGAUUCUUAUCCUUUAUGGUGUUGAAUACUCGCAGAUUGCACUGAUGUUAAUACAAUUCCAAACAAAUAUGGUCUCUAGGUCCUGAUCCAAGAAAACAUUUAAGUACAUGUUUUUCUGUAAGUGCAUAAUUAAAUAGCACUUGACAUUUGUAAUUGUUUUACUGGACCAAGAGAAAAUAUAAAGCAGACUUAAGACUGAGUUUUCAAAGGACACACUGAAAUUUCUUGACACAGAAUCAUCCUAUGCAAUUGCAUACUUUUUAAAAAGUUUCAGCUGAAAUGGCAAAAUAAAAAUUUUCAGGGUAUUUUAAAGGAAAAAAAAAGGAAUAAUCCUGGGGGGGCAGAUACUAAGCUAAUGUAAACUGACAGCUCCAUUUACUCCACAUUAAGAUAAUGAUCCAUACUCUGCAACUCUUCAGUCAGUCUUGGGUCCAGUUUCAAUUCAGCCCAGUAUGAUUUCAGCAUUCAUAUAAGAGCUUUUCAAGUUCUUCGGAGUUUGGAUAGAAAAGAACUGCACAAGUAGCCACAACCUUAAAAACAUGCAUACUGCAAAAUAUCCUACUUGUUCUUAGCCAUAUAUAUUAUAUAAAUCUCAUUCAGAUCAAAGAUACUGAAAGUAAUUAGAAUGCAUCAAGUUGCAUAAAAAAUCAAACCAACAUGGGAUUCAUAGAAGAAAUGAAUAAAUAAAUUAACAGAAAGAAGUCAUUUUAGGCAUAUGAGACUUUACUGCAAAUUUUUUAUCCACUUUGAUAUACUAUCCCACAAGAUCUGUCCUGUGAUAAAAAUGCUCAAUGCACCCUGACUGCCCCUUUAGCCUUUCAUUUCCAUCAUGGAAUGGUGAAACAAGGUAGCCUAUCUGCAGUUGUACAUAGCUAGCCGUACACCUCGAAAAAAUGCACCUUUCUGUAGAUAAAAAUAUGUUGCUCUGAAGCUAAAAUUUUUCCUUUUCCCAGUCACUGUAAAUAUAAAUAUUCCAGGGAUAUACUUGCAUUCUUACUAGCCCUUCCAACUCUGUGAAAUACAGUAAAUUCUAUUAUGCUGACUCAAGACAUAGUUUCUGUUCAUGCAGUUGUGUCAUUCUGCAUUUUCUCUUUAAAAACUCCUUAAAUAAUUAAAAAUCACACAUCAUUCUCUUAAAAUAUAAAAAUAUCUUCAUUAUCAAACUUGAUUCAGUAUCAAACAAGCAUAUAUCUUGCAAAAUUUCAGUAUCUCCCCCACACUGCAUUCACUCUGCUAGCAAUAAUGUUCUUCCUCUGAAGGAGGGACAAACCUUUUCCUUGGCAGUCCUAAAGAGGCACCUUUCUGCAUUGUUACCUGAAAAUGGCAGUUCCCAUGUGAAGUCUCAUCUCACAAGUGUUUUUAAUGUGUUGGAAAAGCAACAAAAAGCUAAAAAUAGAAAUGUGUUUUCAGCACUUUCAAGGAUGUCUGUAUUGACAUGCUCAAUAA